GCGGGGGCUCCUGCGGGUCCGCGGGCGGGGGCGGUUCCGGGCCCCGGGCAGAGUCCGGGGCGGGGUGGCUCCUGCGGGGCCGGGACGCCGGCCUGCGGGAUCCGCUCGGGACCUCGGGAUUGCGUUUGCUUGAAACAUAAUGUUAGGUGGAGAUGAUCAACAGUCACAGGCUCUUGCCAAACCCACCUUCGGUGAGGUACAAGCCUCUGCAUUAGUGGAAUCAGUGUUUGGGUUAAAAGUUUCCAAGAUCCAUCCACUUCCUAGCUAUGAUGACCAGAAUUUUCACGUAUGCAUUUCAAGAACCAAACACACUACAGAUAGCCCAGCUGAAUAUGUCCUCAAAAUAAGCAACACAGAGUCCAGCAAAACUCCAGACCUGAUUGAAGUGCAGAGUCACAUCAUGAUGUUUCUGAGAGCAGCUGGAUUUCCAACAGCAUCUGUGUGCCGUACUAAAGGAGGAAACAUCACCUCUCUCGUGUCCAUAGAUAGUGGCUCUGAAAUCAAAAGCUACUUGGUGAGGCUGCUGACUUACCUCCCAGGAAGACCCAUAGCUGAGAUUCCUGUCAGCCCACAGCUGUUAUAUGAAAUUGGAAGGCUAGCUGCCAAAUUGGAUAAGGCACUGGAGAAAUUCCAUCACCCAAAGUUAAGUAGUCUCCAUCGGGAGAACUUCAUCUGGAAUCUGAAAAAUGUACCUCUUCUGGAGAAAUAUCUGCAUGUCUUGGGCCCAAGUCGAAAUCAAGAGAUUGUCAAACAGGUCCUUCAGCUGUUCAAGAAUGAAGUAAUGACCAAAUUCAGUCAUUUUCGAGAAUGUAUCAAUCAUGGAGAUCUUAAUGACCAUAACAUUUUAAUGGAGUCCAGCAAGUCAGCAUUUGGAGAUGCUAUACAUCAAGUGUCUGGGAUUUUAGACUUUGACGACAUGAGCUAUGGCUACUAUGUGUUUGAAGUGGCGAUCGCCAUCAUGUACAUGAUGAUUGAAAGCGAGAAUCCUAUGCAUGUAGGAGGUCAUGUCCUUGCAGGGUUUGAAAGUGUAAUCCCAUUGACACCUGUAGAGAGGGGUGCUUUGUUUUUACUUGUAUGCAGUCGCUUUUGUCAGUCACUUGUCAUAGCCUCAUACUCUUGCCAACUACACCCAGAGAAUGAAGAAUAUCUCAUGGUUACUGCAAAAACCGGGUGGAAGCACUUACAGCAAAUGUUUGACAUGGGCCAGAAAUCUGUAGAAGAAAUCUGGUUUGAAACUGCAAAGUCCUAUGAAUCUGGGAUCUCCAUGUGAGUAGGUAAAAGUUCACGUUAGUUGGGAUAAUUAAAAAUCCAACACCUCCUUAGGCAGAUUGUUUCUGAGAGCCGUGCCUCUGAUUUCUACAGCAGCCAGGGCCUCCUGAGAGCACCCACAUGUGUUUCCCACAGGCCGUCCGUUGAUGUCCCAAAGCCCAGCCCUGAUAUUCUCUGGGGUGGCAACCUUUGGAUCUCCAUGGGGGAGGGGAUUGGAACCCCAUUUAUUGGGUCUAUCUGCAGUCUGUAAAAAUUCCACCCACAAGGGAAGUGAGCAUGUCAACUACUAGUGCUGAAUAGAUUGUGUUGGCUAUAAAUUCUCACUCUGCAUA